AUGGGACAACACUUGACUAAUGAUGAAGGGGAACAAACUGAGAUUGAUGUGGCUGAACUGCAGGAAUGGUAUAAGAAGUUUGUGGUGGAAUGUCCGAGUGGGACUCUCUUCAUGCAUGAAUUUAAACGAUUCCUCAGAGUACAGAAUGAUCAGGAGGCAGCAGAAUAUAUGGAGAACAUGUUCAGGGCUUUUGAUAAGAAUGGGGAUAACACCAUUGACUUCCUAGAGUAUGUGGCUGCUUUGAAUCUUGUUUUACAGGGGAAACUGGAACACAAACUGAGAUGGACAUUCAAAAUCUAUGAUAAGGAUGGCAAUGGCUGCAUAGACAAACCUGAGCUCUUAGGAAUAGUUGAGUCUAUUUAUCGGCUGUAGAAAGUAUGUCAACCUGAAGAAGAUCAAGGGACACUUCGUCUCACUCCAGAAGAAGUUGUGGAUAGGAUAUUUCAGUUAGUGGAUGAGAAUGGAGAUGGGCAGCUUUCUUUGGAUGAAUUCAUCGAUGGGGCCCGGAAAGACAGGUGGGUGAUGAAGAUGUUACAAAUGGAUGUGAACCCAGGAGGAUGGAUCAUUGAGCAGAGGAGGAAAAAUGUAAUGUUCUAA